AAACUCUAUUCUGGUUUUUUGUUUCUUCUUCUUCUUCCUCCUCAAGAAGCAAAUCAGAAUCACGUUUCCUCACAACUCCAUUUCUCUUCUUCUGCAUCUCGUAGAAGCCAUUUUUGAUUUCUCAAUCUCUAUCUCUCUUUCUCUGUGCAAAGUGGUGGAUGGCAAAAAACAACAAGUAUGCUUCCAUUAACUUCAACCACAUCUACGAGAAAUCCAUAACCACCAAGAACACCACCACCACCACCAACCCAUCCAAGAACCCUUCUCUUGCUCCUUCUUCUUCAUACGCUUCCGCUUCCUAUUCUGCUGUUUCCGCACCCAACAAACCCCAUGGCCGGAUCCUCGUCCUGACCCGACCCACUCCCAAACCCGUCACGCACCCCACCACGCCUGCACCGCCACAGCCACAACCACCUUCCCAACCCAGCCCGAUCCAACGUGCCCCGGAUCACCCCCGCCCCGAACCGGGAUCGGACGCGAUCUCGCUUCGCCCGUUGGGUCGAACCGGAAGCGGCCCAUCACUUGCUGUACCGAACCAGGAGAAGGAUAGGGAGUUGCCCUCUCCGCGGCAGCCUCUGAAGCCGAACAAGUUCGUGCCGCCGCACCUUCGGCCCGGGUAUGUGCCGAAGGAAGACCCGGGUCGGUUCGGGGAAAACGGGCGACCCAAGUCGGGUGGGCUCGAGAGGAUGAGGAGGGGUGGCGGGUCGGAUGUGGGUCGUGGGGUUCGACCAAGUUCGAGUGGAUGAUGAUGAAUGGUUGAAUUCUUUUCCGAGGACGAAGAUCAACACACUUUGCUACAGAGAAGGAUUCUCUAUACCAAUUCACUGCAUGCAUCUUCCUUUGUCCGUCUGGAACUGACAUCAAUUUUUACAACAUGACAUCUCAAAUCACUAAAGAGGAAACCUGACCAGGUGGCAGCAGAUUCUCACCACCUAACGUGACAAUUUGUAGUGCUUGUGGAAGGCUUUAACACCCUACACUAGUUCUUCUGUAGGUUUGGUGUUUGGCUCUCUUUACCACGUUCGUACAUAUUUUUGACUACCAGCUAGCUAUACUGUGUUUUUUACUAUUCUGUACUUCGAAGUUGAACAUGUGUUGUUGGAGAGGAGAUCCAACCCUUUUUUGUUGUAUUUUUGUUUGUUGCAAUAUGUUUGUUACUUCAGCAAAAUUACACUCACUGGCUUUUUUCAGUGUUCAUAAAUGUUUUACCAUCAAUAUAGAUAUUGUUUGGUUCUGCA